UGCCAGUAAUUUUGAAAUAUAAUUGUACUAUAAGAUUUUAUUGUUAUUAUUCACGUUAUAUUGUAUUGCAUAUGUGAUAAAUUAUAUCUAGAAAAAAGAUGAGCUUAUUUGUUAUAAACAGAUACGAAGAUGAAAGCAAGGAGGUUGAAAAUAAAACAAAUCAUUUUUCCGAACUGCUGAAGAGAAUAGAAGAGCGUAAAAGACAAAGGGCAGCAGCAAGUAAUAAAUCCACAUUAAAUGAGGAUGAAAACAAUUUGGAGGAACCUAAGAAAAAGAAAAAAAAAAAAUUGCUUGAAGCAGAGAAAACUAAUGACUUACAUAUUGAGGACGAAAUUGUUAGCAGUGAGAAAAUUGAUGAACAAACAAUAGAAACAGCCAAAGUAUUAACAAAGAAAAAGAAAAAGAAGAAAAAUAUUGAGAACAAACUUCAUUCUGUUGCAACAGACAAUAAUGUAGAUUUAGAAGAAAAAGAUAAGAAUUUAGCAGAAGAAAAUAAUGAUGAUAAAGAUACUACAAACAAGGAAAUACCCUCACAGAACAAUUUUAUAAUAUUAGGCGCAAAGUCUCGAAAAAAGCAGCGUGAAGUGAAGAGAGUGUUACCAGAUUGGUUGGCACACCCCGAAAUUAUAUCUGCUGAUUUAAAUAGUGGACCUCCAUUGGAAGAAUUAGAAUCAAUUUUGGAGGCAAAAUUGAUAGAAGUUUUAAGAGCCAAUGGCAUUGUUAAAUUAUUUCCGGUUCAAUCUGGUAUAAUAAAAUGGUUACAAAAGUGCAACCUGGAUAGGAAAUUGGGAUGGUGGCCAAGAGAUACUUGUGUAUCUGCUCCUACAGGCAGUGGCAAAACUCUGGCUUAUGUGUUACCAAUUGUACAAGAAUUACAAACACGAUUCGUACCAAAAAUUCGUUGCUUGGUAGUCUUGCCAGUGCAAGAACUAGCUGCACAGAUUCAUAAAGUAAUGGUCACUUAUACUUCUCAUACAGAUCUGAAGGUGGGCUUACUUUCGGGUGCAUCUUCAUUUGAGCAAGAGCAAAAGAGUAUAAUUAAAAAAACUGAAAGGGGGAAAUACUUAUCCAAAGUGGACAUAGUAAUCGCGACAUCUGGUCGCUUAUUAGAUCAUAUAUUAAAGACUCCUGGAUUUUCCUUGGAUUUCCUAAAAUUUCUUGUCAUCGAUGAAGCCGAUCGCGCAACAGAAUGGCUACAGUAUUUACCUGAACCUCAUUCUCGGCCUCCUGUUUUGACACUUGGAAACAUGCGUUCAAGCAAAAUUAUACCAGCUCAAAAGCUAUUAUUUAGCGCAACCUUGUCGCAAGAUCCUGAAAAAUUGAGUCGACUAGGUCUUUUCCAACCAAAAUUGUUCACAACCGUAGUGACCGACAAAGAUACUGAUAUAAAUUUAGAUGAGGUCGCAGGUGACUUUGUCGGACGUUAUACGAGUCCAGGAGAAUUAACGGAACUCGCGGUGGAAUGUUCCCCUAGCUACAAACCAAUUGUCCUAUAUCAGUUGUUGACGAGACACGAUAUUCCUAAGACUCUCGUUUUCACAAAUUCCGGACAACACGCACAUAGACUGGCGCUUUUGAUGCAGUUACUCUUGUCAGAACGGAAUGUCACAGUAGGAGAAUUAUCCGCCCAACUCGCGUCAAAGCAACGUGAGAGUAUCUUGGGCAAAUUCGCAAACGGAGAGAUACAUGUAUUAAUAAGUUCGGAUGCGCUGGCUAGAGGUUUGGACAUUCUGGAUGUGCAGUUGGUUGUAUCUUACGAUCUCCCGAAACACAUUAAGGGUUACAUACAUAGAGCUGGUAGGACCGGGCGUGCUGGAAAACCGGGAACUGCGGUGUCCAUACUCACAGCAAAUCAGAUCGGGAUAUUCAAGCAAAUGUUAAGUGGUGCACAUAAAGCCGUGCCCAACAUUGAACAAAUGAAGUUGCAUGCCAUUGCAAAUGCGGUUGACUAUGAGCGUCAGCUUGCAAAAUUGACAGAGAUUCUUGAAAAAGAGAAGAAUCAAAGCUUGGAACGAACGAAGGCUACUAAACGUAGACGUGUGGCAAACGUGACGAAACAAAAUGAAAAUGCAAAAUAAUAUUUAUGUUAAAAAAGUGAAAUAAAAGAAUG